UUUAUCAAAAAUUCUAGGAUAUGAUAUAAUGGAUCGGCCAUUUAAAAGACGCAAAGGGAAAAGUUUGGACGGUGGUGGGGCAGGUUUUGCUAUGCCAUUAACAGAACGUCAACAAAUGGCUUACUUGCUCUCCAUGACAGCAAAAGAAGGCAAAAAUGAUGACAGUGGUGAAGAUAUCCAGGAAGCAAAAAAAGUCAGAAAGUUGUCUCCUUUAUCUCGAAUAAACCGUCCAAAAAAUAAAAGUGGUGAAACCCAAUUGCAUAUUGCAGCCACUAAAGGAGAUCUUGAAGCCACCAAAAAUUUGAUAAGGCAAGGUGCUGAUGUGAAUUGUCGAGAUAACGCAGACUGGACACCACUGCAUGAAGCAUGCAAUCAUGGUCACUACAAAGUGGCAAAGGUUCUCUUGCGAUCAGGAGCCCAUGUUAAUGUAGCAGGGUUAGAUGGUGACACUCCGCUACAUGACGCUAGUGCAAAUGCUCAUUUAAAGGUUGUGUUAUUGCUGUUACGACAUGGUGCUAAUCCACACCAAAAAAACGAUGCUGGUGAAUCUCCAAUUGAUGUGGCAGAUGGAAAAGACAUUGAUGAAGCACUUCGCAACUUCACAUCUGAAAUGUUGUUGGACUUAAAACCAACCAAAGAUUUCACACUUGAAGCUCAAAAAAGUAAAUACAGACAUUCUGAGACAAGUGGGAAAACAGAUAAGCCCAGUCACAGUGGUGCAGUCAAAACUCAUAGGAGACUAAUCUCUAACAAAGCAGACUUUCUUGAUGCAGAUAAUAUUGAAGACUUUGAGGAAUUGUCAACUACUAGCAGUGAUAUUUCUAAACAUAAUACUUUCAGAGAAGAGGCUGCUACUGAAAAGAAAACCGAAAAAAUGCAAGCUGACAUAAGGACUGGAAAAUUUGAAGAGAAAAAGGAAAAAUUGCAUGAACAGGGCAAACAAACUGAGAAAAGACAUAAGAAGUUGGACAAACCAGACUCUUUUGAUAAGAAAGUUUUACUGACCCAUACAAAUAGAGAGACUAAACACCUAGAUGGCCAUAAAAAGAAACAUCAUAAGCAUGAUAAAAUUCCAUCAAGAGAUAUCGAACAAAAGUCUCCUUCUGAAAGUCCUGACAAGUGGAAACAGAGAAACCGACUGAAUUUAAAAGAUUUUGUUCUUAGUGAAGACAAUGAUAUUCCUAACCGUUUGAUUGAGGAACACCCUGGAAAAUAUAUGAAGGACAUGAAGCACGAAGAUCGUGUGAAAGUUCUGAAAGACUCUUCUCAAAACAGAGUUGAUAAUGAAAGGAAAGAAAGAAAAGAGCAUGAAUUUAAAAUCAAGAAGGACAAGAAGUUACACACAACUAAACAUCCUGAUAAAAUCCAAAAAAAGAAAGAACCAUCGACUCCCAAAAAGAAAAAUAAUUUAGUUAGAGUAAAAGGUUUUUUAGAUGAUAGUGAUGAUGAAGAGCCGCAACAACUAAAAUCUUUUCAACUUAUCAAAACAGAAUCACCUCAGGAGAAGGUUUGUCAAGAAUCUGCCAUAGGUACAAAAAUAGAAAUUAAUUCUUCGCUAAAAGAUGAAUUUAUAGGUAAAAAUCUCAUUUCGAGAUCAGAGCAACAAGAUGAACUGGUAAAACACGAAGAGUUGAAAGUUAAAAACAUUCCUACUAAAGCAAAAUUGAAACACAUGCCUUCUGAUAUUUUGGAGAAAAAAGAACAACCACAUCAAGGGGAAGUAGAAACACUAUCUUUUAGUUCUGCAUUUGAUUCAGAGAGUAUCACAUCUCACUCCCGACACGAUAAACCGUAUUUGCAUCCUACAUUGAAGCAACACGAGGUGAAAAAAAAUUUGUUUUCUUCCAAACAAAGUGAAGCUAUUAAACAAAUACCUGCGAAAAAGCAAAGGGACUUAAACAAAGAAACCACAUCAGCUAAGUCUAAAGAUGCUUCAAGGGAUAGUUUAGCACCAGAGCAGAAAACAAAAAUAGACGAACCUAGAAAAACCAGUUUAGCACAUGAUAAAGGGCUAUUAAAUAAAAUUAAAACUACGUCGUUGAAGCAUGGUUGCGAAUCCUAUGGUAACGAUAUUGUGAAACAGAAAGAAAGUAAUAUAGAAGAGUGUAGAGAUGAUCUAAAAAACGUUUUGUUACCAUCACAUAAAGAUCUAACUACAAAACCUAAACACAAAGAAGGAAAAAGUGUUCAUUUUACUAAAAAGGAGAAUUCUCCCCUUUCCACUCCACAUAAAGAUGGUAGCCUGUUAAAGGUAAAGCCCAAAAAGGAGAUGAAUUCCACAGCAACAGCUUCAACGGUUACAAUACAGCCUAUUCGGAAGGAGCAUAAACAACUUCUACAUUCAGAGAGCAAAAGAAAGGAGCAUAUGGAUCAGGAACUUGAUUCUACCCGUGAUGUUAACAAGGACAGUAAUUCGAAAUCCAACAUGCAUAAAACGACUUCAUCUGUAUCUAAACAUACCUCAAAACAAACAGAAAGUUCUCCUGCUAAAGGUAGCCACACUGCAACUCCACAGAAGCAGCAUGAUGAGCUUAAUGCUUUUUAUCAUAGCCACCAGCAUAAAAGUUCUGUUCCCGGUCAAGUAGAGAUAAACCUUUUUUCAUCAGUUGAGAAAAGUGCCAAGAAAAGUUCUAAACAUUCUGAAAGGAAACAUAAGUUCAACGAUACAAAAAUAUCGCCAUAUGGCACUGUCUUUAAAAAGGUUUCGAAAAAACUGAAAGUUGAUGAUGCAUCUGCUGAUAAGGAAGAGCAUGGGAAGAAACAAGGUGCUGCUCAGACACAUAGUAUAAAACAAAACGAUUCUCCGGAUACGAUAUUGGUUAAUAAAAAAUUUCCUAACUUUACAGCUUAUCAAUCAGAAGACACAUUGAAGGAGAAAAAAAAGGGUGGUGAUAUUAUAGUAAAGCAUCAUAAAAAACAUAAAGAUAAAUCAAAGGAUGUUUUGAAAGACAAAAAAAAAACUUCUGAGUUAUCAGCGCUGUCUACAGAACAGCAGGACUACUUAAAGUCUAAAAAGCAUAGCAAUAAAUAUUCGAUUUUGCAAAAAUCAUUUAAACAAGAAAAUAAAUUGAUGUCUGAAACCAAAGCAGAGAACAAAUGCAUUAAAGAGGAAUCCGGGACUUUUGAAAAUUUGUCAAUCAAUACAAAGGCUGAUACUCUAUCCCAUGUUAAGAAUCCGGAUUUCUACCAUGCAUUUAAAGAGUCACCAACAGAUAACAAAACUGAGAAAAAAACAUACUUAGAUAGUGAUGACAUUAUAAUGAGUACACCAACAAGUAGCAAACCCCAAAAAAUUAAAAUAGAAUGUGGUUUUGAACCAAAAAUAGUUGAAAUAGACAAGAAAAUUGUACUAACUCAAAAAACUAGUGCUCAAGUGAAAUCCAAUUCAGAAAAUUCUGUGACCUGCAAAACAGAUGACAUUGAAAAGCAAGAAAAAAAACCACCCGUGGAAGAGGGUAAAAAAUCCAACCAAAAACAGCACACCGAAGAUACAGAAAAAUCAGCUUCUGCAACUAUGGAAGUUACUGUGCAUGAACAUAUUUUAACAUGUGGCCCCAAACAUAAACACAAAUUACUGCAUCAUGUGCCAAACAAAGAAUCAGCUAUCGAUACGGUAAAAAAGAAACAUAAACGCAAAUCUACCGAAAGUGAUACUUAUAUAAAUAAGGUUAAGAAAAGAGAUUUGCAAGAAGCAAGUAAGCCAGUGCCUUUAAAAGAGCCUUUGAAAGAAUCUUUGUCUUUACCUUCUGCAUUAUCUACAAAUUUAGAGAACAACUCUGCUCAAAUCAAGUCUGCCAAUAGUGUAAAGCGAGAUCGUUCAAGGUCCCUUGAAAAUGUUGCUGCAAAAGAUGAAAGCAAACCUAGUGAACUUACUACCUGCCAGAAGAUGGUAAUACAAAAAGCUCUAGAAUCUGCAUCUUCAGAACCGAAUAAAGCAGGCAGUUCUGAAGAAUUUAAGACAAAUAUUGUUGACCUUGUGUUACCAGUAGACAAAAACCUCCGUAAAAAGGAUACUGUUUCUAAGAAAAACUCUAAAAAGGAUGAGGAUGAAGUUGUCCAUAAAGGUAUUCGAUUAAAGGAGGUUGAUCUUAAUAUGAAAGUUGGGCUUAAUGAUAAUGCUUUGCGAGGCUUGGACAAUAUCAAAAAGAAAAAGAAAAAACGUUCUAGUGAUAAUAAGGAUACUUCCGUUGAGUGUAAGAUCUCUAAACUUUUGCCAGAGUUGAUAAAAACGGAUAGUAAAAUUAACACAGUAAGUAGCAAUUCCUCCCAUGAAAUAAUAAAAAAUGUGCCUUUAGGUUCAAAUCACAAUAAAAACAGUCGAAGGGAGCGUAAUGCUAGUCAAGUGGAUAACCUUGAAAAGAAAACGCAUAAAACUUUGCCAUCAGAAAAAGAAAAAGUGCGGGAAGAUAAAUAUUUAAAGUCUUCAAUAGAUACAGCAAAAGCAAUACAUCUAUCAGCUAAAGUACAGCCAAAAGUGGUCGUAGGCAACUUGCAGUUGACAAUGCCAGAAGAAAAGCAUGAUGGAGAUGCUUCAGAUAAUCUUGAACAGCAGCAACAAAAAAAUCAUCAGUUACAGCAACAGUUACUUCUCAAAGAGCAAGAAGAACAAAGGAAGCAACAGGAAAAACAGGAACAACUGAAAGAGAUACAGCAGGAAGAACAAAUUCGUAAUGAAAAUCUGAUGUAUGAAGAAAACGAAGAUGCUGUUGAGAACUUACUGCAUAUGGAAGAUCCGUUUGGCACGGAUUCUGCUUUCGAAAAUGAGGUCAAGCCUAACUCGCCAACCAUGCUGUUUAAUUCAAAUGCAUUUGUGGUUCCAAGUAAUUCUAAUGUACUUAGUCAGGACGUUGAUGACGGUAUUAGUGAGGAUUCAUCAUCAGAAAAAAUAAUCAUGCCCAAAGAAAUCACAAAAGUGGUCGAACGCACCAAUCUGAGUAUGACUACAAAUGAAACAUGUAUAAAGAAAACUUACGAUAACAUCUCUUCGCCAGAGCAGAUAAGUACUAUGCAACACUUACAUCCAACUGACCUUGUUGUUCACAAUACAAUGACACAAAAUGUGACUGUAGCUAGCAUAUUGCCAGAGGUGGAAUCGUCUGUGUUAAAAGUUAACAAUAAUUUGUAUCAAGUUCAACAACAAGAACAGCCCCAAACUUUGCAGCAACAAAACAAAAACGAGCCUCAAGAAACAAUGUUGCCAAUGAAAGACCAAUCACAAGAACAAUUUCUUCCACAAUGGAAGCAUUCUAACCCGCAGUUGGUGCUAGGUCAAUCUAAAUACAUACAAGCAGAACAAGACCUCUUUUCUGAUCAGGUACAAUUAUCAAUUUACAAACAACUACAGGAAAAGCAAGAAAGAUUAUUUGAAAAAAACGAAGAUCAACAGUCACAACUCCCUGCACAACUGCUAAAACAACAGCAUAUUAUAGAGCAAGAGCAGGAUAUUACUGGGAAAUUUCAGCACUUAGAAAACUGGGAAUUGCAAGAACUUCAACAUGUACAAGGACAAUUUUCAGAAAAAAGUCAGAACCAACAGUUUGUGGAAAAAAAACAAUAUUAUGAGUGGGAAUAUGAAAAACAACAACAACAACAAAAAGAUUUUUCACAGCAGCAACAACAGCUAGCAAAACAACAACCAAAACUGCAACAACUUGUAAAGCAAGAACAAAGACAACAGCACUUUCGAGUGCAUGAACACAAACAAGACCCGCUAGGAAAACAUCAAUACCUUUCAGAACAACAAAAAACACUACAAACUGGAAAACAACAAAGAGAACAUCUCUUUGCAGAAAAACAAAAACAGUGGAAUGCUGCAGAACAACAACUAAAACAACAGCUCCUUUUAAAACAGCAACAAAAAAAGCAUCUCAAAGACCAGCAACAAAAACAACGUUUUGCAGAAGAACAACAAAAACAACACCAAAUUGCAGAAAAACAAAAGCAACGUCUUCUAACAGAACAACAAAAACAACAUCUGGUAAAAGAGCAGCAAAAGCGACAAAAAGUUGUAGAACAUCAACAACAUCUUUCAAAAGAACAACAAAAACAACAACUUAUUGCAGAAAAACAGCAAAAUCAACAACUCCUUGCCAAAGAACAACGAAAACAACAACUUCUUGCCAAAGAACAACGAAAAAAACAGCUCCUUGAUGAUGAACAACAAAAACAACAAAAACUUGCAGAGCAACAAAAACAGCAGCUUCUUGCAGAACAACACAAGCAACUGCAACUUGCAGAACAUCAAAAACAAGAACAACUUGCAGAAAAACAAAAACAGCUUCUUGCAGAACAACAGCAAAAACAACGGCACCUUGUUAAUGAACAACGAAAACAACAGCUCUUUGCAGAACAGCAACAAAAACAACAGCAUCUUGCAGAACAACAACAAAAACAACAGCGCCUUGUUGAGGAACAACGAAAACAACAGCUCCUUGCAAAACAAAAACAGCUCCUUGCAGAACAACAAAAACAGCUCCUUGUAGAACAACAGAAAAAACAACAGCGCCUUGUAGAACAACAACAAAAAAAGCUCCUUGCAGAACAACUGCAAAAACAACAGCUCCUUGCAGAACAACAGCAAAAACACCAACUCCUCGCAGAACAACAACAAAAACAGCACCUUGCAGAACAACAGGAAAAACGGCAACUCCUUGCAGAACAACAGCAAAAACAGCAGCGCCUUAUGAAACAACAACAACAACAUUUCCUUUUAGAGCAACAAAAAGAGCAGCUCAUUGCAGAACAACAAAAGCAACUACAACUUGCAGAACAACAAAAACAACAAAAACUUGCAGAACAACAAAAACAGCUCCUUGCAGAACAACAACAAAAACAACAGCGCCUUGCUGAUGAGCAACGAAAACAAAAGCUUUUUGUAGAACAACAACAAAAACAACAGGAACUUGCAGAACAACAACAAAAACAACAGAAACUUGCAGAAAAACAACAAAAACAACAACUGCUUGCAGAACAGCAAAAAAACCAACUCCUUGCAGAACAACAAAAAAAACAGCACCUUGCAGUACAACAGCAAAAACAACAGCACCUUGCAGUACAACAGCAAAAACAACAGCACCUUGCAGUACAACAGCAAAAACAACAGCUCCUCGCAGAACAACAGCAAAAACAACAUUUUCUUGUAAAGCAACAAAAAGAGCAGGUCCCUGCAGAACAACAAAAGCAACUGCAACCUGCAGAACAUAAACAACAACAACUUGAAGAGCAACACAAAAAACAACAUCAUUUUGUGGACCAUGCACAGAAACAACAAGCUCCGUUUAAAAAGCAACAGAAGCAGAAUGACCAUGCAGAAGUACAAAAAAACCAAGAGCACUUUUCAAAACAACAAGAGGAACUGCACUCUGUGAAACAUAAACAAAAAGAACAGCCUAAUUUAGGUAAACACAAAAAACAAGCAUUUUCAGAGAUACAAAAAGGAAACAUGGUUUCAUAUAAUCCUGCCCCAGAUGAACAUCAAAUUAAACAAAAAAAGCAAGACUUUGUACAACAGCAACAAAAGCAAAAACAAAUAGAACAACAUCACCUUGAAGAACAGCACCAAAAGCAAGAGCAAUUUGCAAAACAAAAGCAAAAGCAACAAGACUUUCCAGAAAAACAACAAGAUCAAUCACACCAAUCAAUUCUGGCAGACCAUAAGCUCAGAGAGCAACCGAUUUUGAGUGAAAUGCAAAAUAAAGAACAUUCCAAGAAACACCAGAAACAAAACUUGCUUUCAGAUAAACAAAAACAACAACAACCUGCAGAACAACAUCAAAAGCAACUGCAAUUUACAGAACAACAAAAACAACAACAACUGUUGGAGGAUCAUUCUGCAGAACAACAACAUCAAACAUUUGAGCUGAAGUGUAGAAAGCAACAGUGGCAAACAGCAGGAUCCCAGGUGCAGCUUCAACAGCAAAAGUCAGAACAGGAUCUUAAAGAAACAUUAAAACUUGAACAUGCUGAAAAGCUGAAAGCUGAAGACCAACCACAGCAUCCAAGUUGUGUAAAACAAGAGAAAAAGCUUCCAGAACUAAAGCAUGAAGAAACAAAGGAGGGAGUGUCAGUACAGCAACAAGUCACAGAAAAACAAAUGCCACAAAUUCAACGUCUGGAGAGCGAAAAGCAGUAUGAAAAAGAGAAGAGACAAAAAGAAGAACAAUCCCAGAAAAAUAACAUAGAAACGAAAAUUGUGCAUACCAAGGAGUCUAGUAGUAAGAAACCUGCAAUCAAGAAGCAACUUCCUGAUAUUCCAAAGCAAGAGAUUGUAAAUUCAGACGUAUCAUUUACCAGUAAACAACUUAAAAAAGAAAGUGAUGCAAAAGAAAAUACGGACCAAGACGAUCAAAAACAUGCAUUCAACAAAUUAGAAUUAAGCACUCACUUUAACAAGAAUGAAGAAUUCUCAGGAUUAGUAUCGCCAAGUACGGAUGCUGACCAUGUUUUGUUCGCAAACCGAUAUCAUGACUUAGAUGCUAUUGAUGCCUCUGACUUGUUAAAAACAGAGAAGCACUCUGACGAAUUAAUUGCUACUUCUUUCAAAGAUCAAACACAUCUUCAUGACUCUGCUAUUGUUGGAAUUUCAAGAUGUCUGUCAUCAGAAGAAAUCAUCAGUAAGGUUGCUGAUUGUAUAUUGGAGCUAGAUGAACAUGAUAACACUUUUACAUUACGACAGUAUAUACCUGUUCAAUCCACCACAUCUGGUAAUCGCCAGCAAGAUAACAUUUUGCCUAGUGUGGUAACCUCGUCCCUUUCCUGUUCUGAAUCAUGUUCAAACUUAACUGUAAGCCAAGUAUUUCACCAUGGGGCAAACGAAUUCAAUAAGUAUUCACAUGAUGCACCUGUUUUUGAAGAAGCGAAAUAUGCUGACAAUCAUGGCAAACAACCUGCUCCUGUUGUUGAUCAACAUGUAACUGAACCAUUGUUUGUAAAUACAGUUUCUGCAAGAUUGUCAUCUUCUGAAGAAAAGUUAUACUCACCUAAACACAUUUCAGAUGGAGAGAAACUGUAUUCUCCCAGAACAUCUGUCAGCUCGGAUGAUGGUAAAAGAUACCGCAAAGUUAAUCUUGAGCCAUGUGAUAUGUUGCGUACGCUCAUUAAUUCUGAUUUGUCUGUUGUACCUCCUCAAGUACCAAUACAGGAAACCAAAAAAAACGAAACUAAUGAGACACAACAAAGUGUAAUUGCUUCACCUGUUAGAACCAGAAAUAGCAGUGCUGUGGUCAAGACGGACAAAAAACCUGCUGCAGUAAAAACUCUCCAGACCUGGAGAGAAGCAGUGAAAUCACAAUGUUCUGUUAUUUCAAUGAACGAUUACCAAAGAAAUGUGGAUUCAAUUUUAGCUUCUGUUUUGAAACCAAAGAAAUAUGAAGACAUUUUAAAAGAAGCUGGUGAUAACAAGCAACUUCAAGAUCUCUUAAUGCAACAUGCUUCACAACUGGAAAAGCUUAAGAUAUCCAUGAUUCAAGAACUGAGUCGAGUAGAAUCUAAUUGUCGGUUGUUAAGUCAAGAAAAAGGACCAGUUGGAGCGGCAACAGUGAUAUAUUUCCAAAGAGACCACGCCUCAAGAAACCUGGGCAGAACGUUAAAUUUUACAAAUAAAGCCACUCACAUGCCAGAUAUUGAGAAGUUACGUGAUGCUCGGUUAGCAGAUUUGCAGGAUAAAUAUGAGAAGAUGAUGAAAACGAUUCUUUCGCAGCAUCGUCUUGAGGUGGACACGCUGAAACAAACACAGAAGAUGGAUACAUUACUCGAUCAACAGGAGAUGUUACGGCAACGAUAUAUGCGCUUACGAUACAAAAUUAACCGAUGAUACCGUAAUUUCUCGGUAAAGUGCCCUCUAUUGGACACAAUUGCUCAGUAAAGUUCUCUGUGUUCAACGCAAAUAACUCGGUAAAAUACCCUGUAUUCGACGCAAUUAUUCGGUAAAGUAUCCAAUAAUGAUUCUAACGUUUUACUUUGACGCUUAUCUGAGGCGAGUGUUUUUCGCAUUUUCUGAAGCCACAUUACAAAGGCUAUUUGCAGACAAGAAUUCUCCGCUUUGGAAAUAAAUCAUCUUAUGGGAAGUUUUAUUACAAACCCGAUGAAAACUAGCCUGUCACGUUUAUACCGUCUAGGCUACGUGUCAUGAAAUUAUUGUUAACUUAAGUAAAUUUUGGGCGGUAUAUGUGGUCAAAAGGCGCUGGGCGCUGGGCGCGAUAAUUACGAAAUGUAGUUGUAAAUAAUAUUUUUAGUGUGUAUAUAUAUAUGUUAUUGAAAUUAUCUUUCGAUUGCUGAAGUUAUAAUAAGAAUAAACAAUACACCUUUCCCGAGACCAUCAGUCAUACUUUUUUUAAACUCGUGAAAUAUGAAUACCAUAUUUGAAUUCAGCAUAGUUUGUUUAAUUUAUGUGUAAAAGUUUAACUUGAUACGCCAACAGAAAGUGCUAUUUUGAGGAGAUAUAUAUCACAGUUAAAGUCUUCUUAAUGCGCAAGUUACCAUGUCGCGCCUCGUUUUCAAAAAGAGGUUGGACAUGCCACAAAUCUUUAAAUUAGAAUAGCAGGUUGUUUACUUGCUGCAUUGUUUCGAAAUUUUUUUUGUUUAUGACAUUUUUGAUAAGGAAUUCAAAUCUGUUGUCCGUUUUUAAUAAAACUCACAGAAAAGGUUGCGGCACAUCAAAAGAAUAAGUCUCGGGAAAGGUGUAUUGCGAUAUAUUUUUUUAUAAUUUGGAUUUUCACGUAGUUGAAAAGUGGUUUUCUACUUCGGUGUGUUUUUCAGUAAAGAUGGCGCAAGGUAAUCUAUCCUGGGGUUAAUUUUAAUCUUUAAAUAUUUUAGCUCUCUUCACUGUUGCAUUGAAGUACCGUUUUACGGAAUUUUGUCUUUAAUUAGAAGCUUUUUUUCAAAUGGUACAUUUUAACGUGAAGUACGAAAUGAGGAAAUGAAGGAUUUUUUACCAGAAUUAACGUUCUCUUGUCUUAAUAUCUUUACAGUAGUCUGAGCAGUUUCAAAACUAUUUGUUGCAUUUUUUUAUAUUUUUUUGAGCAAGUCAAAAUCUUUUUUAGAGUAGCCAUUUACUAUUUUGACUAGUUACUGCAGCUUUGUGACAUCCAAACUAUAGGAAGAUUAACUUUUGAAUAUAUAGCUAGUAGUUCUUUUGAAGAACGUAUUCAAAAUAAAACAGUGUAUAUACAUAUUUAUAUUGAAACAUCUUUUCUAUGCAUUUUCAGUUUUAACUUUCUAGAAUGAACUAAUUUUAUUUCCUGUGUUUUGUAUAACUAACUUAUUAGAACUUUUAGGUCCUGGA